CUCACGUCGCCUCUAAUUCGUUCAGUUUUGGCCGAUUUGGGGCCCAAAUUAUCAAUCAGAUACAAAUUCUGGGUUAAAGAGUGGCGACUCGGCCAAAACUACGUGAUAAAUAGCCCAAAGAAAAAGGUUAGUCUGCAAUAAUGGAUGAAAUUAACGAAAAGUUCCGGCCCCAGCGGGACCCCAAGUUGGCAAAAAAGCCCACGGACUUCUCACGAGAGGAAACCUCGGAGGUGAGACUCCGCCAAGUGAUUGAAAAUGACGCGAUUGACGCAAAAUACGGCUUCGAGCGGGUGCGGGAUAACUUAGAAAGGACCGGAUUUUUGUUAAACAUGCACGCGAGUGAGAUUUUAGAUGAGGAUAAGAGGUUGGUGGCGGCUGUUGACUUCUAUUUCAUGGAAGAGGACGGCGCCCGCUUUAAAGUGUCGUACUGUUACAUGCCUUAUUUUUACAUUCUUACGAAAAUUGAGCUCAUUCAAGAAGUGAGCCAGUUCCUUACGAAAAAAUUCUCGGGGACAAUUGGCAAAAUUGAAGUUGUCACAAAGGAGGAUUUGGAUUUGCCAAAUCAUUUGAUUGGUUUGCAACAGAAGUACAUAAAAUUGUCGUUUUUCAACCAAACUGAUUUAAUUAAAGUCAGGAAGGAGAUACUCAAAGUUGUGAAAAAGAACAAAGAGAGGGAAAGCUCAAACACCUAUUACACCGAAAUGUUGACGGACAUUUUAGCAGACAAGGCGGCCCAAACCACCAAGACUAACACCGAUCAGAUGGAAAAUAUUCUCGAUAUUCGCGAGUAUGACGUCCCCUACCACGUGCGUGUCUCAAUCGACUUGAAAAUCUUCUGCGGUUUAUGGUACACGGUCAAGUGCAAGGGGGCCACAACCGAACCGCCGGUUAUAACCCUCAGACCUGACCUAAUCGAGCGUCCUGAGCCCAUAGUUCUCGCUUUCGAUAUCGAAACAACUAAACUUCCUCUUAAAUUUCCCGACGCUCAAACCGACCAAAUCAUGAUGAUUUCAUACAUGAUAGACGGACAAGGCUUCCUAAUCACAAAUCGUGAAAUCCUAUCAUCCGAUAUUGAGGAUUUUGAAUACACGCCAAAGCCUGAAUUUGAGGGCAAAUUUACGAUUUUCAACGAACCGAACGAAUUGGCGUUGAUUCAGAAAUUUUUCGAUCACAUAAUGGACGUUCGACCGCACGUUUUUGUCACGUAUAACGGCGAUUUUUUCGACUGGCCGUUUGUGGAGACUCGGGCCGCUGUUUACGAUCUCGACAUGAAACAGGAGAUUGGCUUUGCCAAGGAUAGAAAUGAUGUUUAUUCGUGUCGGCCUGCAAUUCAUAUGGACUGCUUGUGUUGGGUUAAAAGGGACUCUUAUUUACCCGUUGGGUCGCAUAAUUUAAAGGCGGUGGCCAAGGCGAAGCUGAGGUAUGACCCUGUGGAGUUGGACCCCGAGGAGAUGUGUCCUUUGGCGGCCUCCCAGCCGCAGGUCCUCUCAAACUACUCCGUUUCGGACGCCGUUGCGACCUACUAUCUCUACAUGCAGUACGUCCACCCUUUUAUUUUCGCCCUUUGUACCAUCAUCCCUUGUGAGCCGGACGAGGUCUUGCGGAAAGGCUCCGGCACCCUUUGUGAGGCCCUUUUGAUGGUGGAAGCCUUCCAUUGCAAUAUCAUUUUCCCCAAUAAGGAGGAAACAGUCCUUAAUAAGUUAACCGACGACGGUCAUGUCCUACACCAGGAGACUUACGUCGGCGGCCACGUGGAGGCGCUCGAAUCAGGGGUUUUCCGCGCCGAUAUUCCCUGCCGUUUUCGGCUAGAAACCGACGCCCUUAACAAACUAAUCGAGCAAGUGCCCAAAACCCUCGCACACGCGAUUGAAAUCGAAGAGGGCGUGCCGUUGACCGACGUCACUAACCUUGAAGAAGUAACCAAUGAGAUUGUCGCAAAGCUGACAAGCCUGAAGGAACAACCAAUGAGAUUGGAGCGUCCGUUAAUCUACCAUUUGGACGUGGGGGCCAUGUACCCGAACAUUAUCCUAACCAAUCGGCUACAGCCGUGUGCCAUCGUCGACGAGACAAUUUGCGCCGCCUGCGAUUAUAAUAAACUGGGCGCCAGGUGCCAGAGAAAUAUGGCCUGGAUGUGGAGAGCGGAAUACAUGCCAGCGUCGCGAAAUGAGUACCACCGCAUCCAGCAACAACUCGAAACCGAGAAGUUCCCCCCGCAAUAUCCCGGGGGACCCCAGCGGGCGUUCCAUCAACUCACCAAACAGGAACAAGCCGAUUUGGAGAAGAAACGGCUCACUGUUUACUGUCGCAAGGUUUAUAAGAAAGCUAAAGUCACCAAAAUCGAAGAACGGACCACUACGAUUUGCCAGAAAGAGAAUUCGUUUUAUGUCGACACAGUUCGGGCAUUUCGGGAUCGAAGGUAUGAGUAUAAAGGCUUGUCGAAAAAGGCAAAGCAGGCCGUGGCCGCGGCCAUCAAAGGCGGCGACGCGUCCGAAAUCAAGUCGGCCAAGAACAGGGAAGUGCUCUACGAUUCGCUGCAAUUGGCCCAUAAGUGUAUUUUGAAUUCGUUUUAUGGCUACGUGAUGAGACGAGGGGCGCGUUGGCACAGUAUGGAAAUGGCGGGGAUUGUGUGUUACACGGGCGCCAACAUUAUAAUGCGCGCUCGUGAAAUAAUCGAAAAGGUUGGCAGGCCUUUGGAACUUGACACUGACGGUAUAUGGUGUAUUCUACCGGCUUCGUUUCCCGAAAAUUUCGUCGUGCGUACCAACCACGAGAAAAAAAAUAAAAUUGUGGUUUCUUAUCCUAAUGCCGUGCUUAAUGCCAUGGUCAAGGAGCACUUCACCAACGAUCAGUACCACGAACUGGUCGAUGCGCAAAGUUUAAAGUACGAGGAACGGUCAGAAAACUCGAUUUUUUUCGAAGUUGAUGGGCCCUAUAAAGCCAUGGUACUGCCGGCGUCUAAGGAGGAGGGGAAAAAGUUGAAGAAGCGCUACGCUGUCUUUAAUUUCGACGGUACUUUGGCCGAAUUAAAAGGUUUUGAGGUAAAACGUCGCGGCGAACUCCAGUUGAUCAAAAACUUCCAAUCGUCGGUGUUUGAGGCGUUCCUCAAAGGCGACACUUUGGAGUCGUGUUACGCGGCCGUUGCCCAAAUCGCCGAUUAUUGGUUAGAUGUUUUGUUUUCGCACGGUCGUAACAUGCCCGAUUCUGAGCUGUUCGACUUAAUUUCGGAAAACCGAUCCAUGUCGAAGAAACUCGAAGAAUACGGCGGCCAGAAAAGUACUUCAAUUAGUACCGCCAAACGUUUGGCCGAAUUUUUGGGCGAUCAGAUGGUCAAGGAUGCCGGUUUGGCUUGCAAGUAUGUCAUUUCGAAGAAACCAGAUGGCGCUCCGGUUACAGAAAGAGCUAUUCCAUUGGCGAUUUUCCAAUCGGAAGUCAGCGUCCAGCGGUACUACCUGCGCAAAUGGCUCAAGGACAACUCAAUAAACGAAGUCGACAUUCGCGAAAUCUUGGACUGGAACUACUACAUUGAGCGCCUCGGUGGUGCCAUCCAGAAAAUCAUCACAAUCCCGGCGGCCAUGCAAGGAGUGCCCAAUCCGGUGCCACGUGUCCGCCACCCUGAUUGGCUGCACAAAAAAAUGCUCGAAAAAAACGACACUUUCAAGCAACGUCGAAUCACCGACAUGUUUGCCGCUUGUCCCAAACCGCAAACACUGCCCGACAUUGAGGACUUUGGCGGUACUUCCAGCACCGACAAACGCCCCAUUGUAACAACAAUUAAACGAAAACGAGACUCCGAUAAAGAAUCAGAAUCAGGUUUCACUGAAGAAGAUCUGAGUAAGACGUGGCGUGAAGUUAUGGGGAACCCGCCCCCUUACGGUACCACCAAGGAGGAACACUUGGCUUGGAUAACGUUCCAGAAACGCAAGUGGCUGUUCCAGGCCAUGCAGCGGGCCCAAGGCACCCGCAACAGGAAGAAGGCCAAGUCAAGUGCCUCAGUUUUGCGCAGCACCGUCACUGGUACUUUGAGCGGGUUCCUCCAAAAAGCCCAAAAAACCCUGCUGACGGUUCCUUGGCAAGUCAUACAAGUGGCCCCAACGCCAGUCGCAGGCGAAUACAAACUAUGGGCCCUGAUACUCAACGAACUCCACCAAAUCAAGUUGGUAGUGCCGCGAAUUUUCUACGCCAACUUGAAGGAAUCAAAAGUGGUGGAAGAAGGCGCUCUGUUCAAGAAGUGUAACCGCACGUUGCCGCGUACGAGACAAGUGUACAACUUGUACAUGUACAGUGUUCCCGAAGAAGUGUUCCAGGAACACGGCCGGAAAUUGUACUUGGAUCAGACGGAUCCGAAUGUUGAAGGCGUUUACGAGACGCAAGUGCCGCCGCUGUUUCGCACUUUUGUCCAGAUUGGUUGCUUGUGUAAAGUGGUAGGACAGGUUUCAAGCUUGGAAAGCUUCCCAUUGGACAAUUUGGAGUUGUGUACGGCGCGAAACCAAUAUUUGGUCAAGGAUUCGGUGAAAAGAUUGUUCUUUUAUAAUCAUCGGCACCCAACUAAACCGCAACAAAUCUUCGGGUUGUUCUUGACUCCCUUGAAGAAGGCGCUGGUUGUGGUCGUUGAUACGGUCAAGACCAACUUGAUGCCGAAUUUGAACAAGUUGUACCAAGCCGAACGAAUGGCAAAGAAGGAAAAGGGCACCGAGGACGACUCGCUCCCGCCCGCCAGCGUCACGUUCGAAAUCCGCGUCGAGAGCGACCUUGGCCAGGUCUACAAAACCCUGCAAAAAGCCCUGCAGUUCUACAAGGACGAAAAGAAAGGUCCAACCCUCCUUGCCGUCCAAUCGGCCCUUGAACCGGCAACACUGCGUUCGCGCAUCCCCCUAUUUUCGGACUUCCCCCAAGUGCAAAUCCACAUCACCGACGAGGAGGAGCUGUACAACGUGAUGGACUGGCAGAAAAUUGGCGGCCGUGCCCUCGUCCGCCACUAUCUCAACAGCGAAAAAGUGCUCGACUUGAUGAUCGAGCAAAGUCGGUACUUCCACCUCCCGGUCGGUAACAUGCCCCCGGACCCGGCCCUCUUCGGUUCUGAUCUCUUCUACGCCCGACACUUAACCAAACACAACCACGUGUUGUGGUGUUCGCCAACCGACAAGCCCGACUUGGGCGGCGUUGAAGAAAACGACUCGCGAUUGUUGGCCGAGAACCAGGAGGGUUCGAGCGAGGUGUGCAAUGUACCAGGGUGGUACUCGAGCGUUUGCAUCGAGUUGGACGUUGAUUGCUUGGCGAUUAAUACGCUCCUGCAGUCGCACCACGUGACUGACAUCGAGGGCACUAGCAGCGCUACGGCGUUUGAUGGAGUUGGGGCCACCUCAUUGGACGAUUUAGUCGGAGAUAACCCGACGGUUUACGACGAAACGGCGCGGUGUGCCGAAGCGUUUAAGAUUUUGCGCACGAUGGCCAGUAUUUGGAUGCGGGAUAUUUCGCUCUAUCAGAACAUUUUCGCCGAUUUUCAAGUCGUUCAUUUCUAUCGGUGGUUGCGGGCGCCUAAAGCCCUGCUUUACGAUCCGGCUUUGUUGCGGACGUUGCAGAAUUUGAUGAAGAAGUUGUUCUUGCAGCUCGUGGCCGAGUUUAAGCGGCUGGGGUGUACGAUUAUUUACGCGAAUUUUAACAAGAUUGUCAUCUGUUCGAAGAAGAAGAGUGUGGAGGACGCGAUGGAGAAUGUUGAGUUUGUGGUCACGUCGAUUAGGAAUAAGGAGCUGUUUCAUUCGUUGGACAUUUCGUUUAGGCAGUGUUGGGAGACUUUGGUGUGGCUGGAUCCGGCCAAUUAUGCGGGGGUUCAGGGGAAGUUGCCGGAGGACCUCAGAGAGGAGGGCAACGAAGAGGAAAAAGGUCAAUCUAACAUUGUGAUGAGCUGGAACCUGGCGCAGCGUCUUCCCGAAGCAGGGGGCUGCCGGACCAAUUUCAGCGCCGUAAUCGCCGGCUACAUCAACGCAACCUUCACUAAAAUGAAGGAAACCGAAAACAGUACAAUAGCUCGGGCCGUCUCGAGCCAACCCACAUUCGGAAUCGGGGCCAACGAAGACGUUCGACAAUACGCCAAAGAAAUUCUCUCGGGGGAAAUCACCCAAGAACUGUUCCAAAUCACCGAACGCAUCAACAAUCGGCUCAAACCGCUCCCGGAUGGCACAAGCCCGGCCCUGGAAUUUGUCAAGGCCGUUUGUCAAGUGCUGGGCCUUGAUGCGGCCCUGAAGGACACUGUGUCGCACCUCAAGGCCAAUCUUUUGCGUCUAGUUGGCGUGGGCGAGUUUUCCGAAAAGGCCGAAUGGAGGGACACUUCAGUGUCUUAUGUUAUUCCUCAAGUGAUUUGUAAAAGUUGCAAUCACUGCAGGGAUAUUGAUUUGGGGAGGGACACCCACAGGUCAGAGGCGGCUUGGGUGUGCCCUUUGUGCGACUUUGCGUACGAUAAUGGGGAAAUCGAGCUGUUUUUACUCGACACAAUUAACAGAAAAUUUCUCGCGUACAAUUUGCAAGACUUGCAAUGCAAGAAAUGCGCCCAGAUUAAGUUGGAGAAUUUGGUUUUCCACUGCCAGUGCGCGGGCGAUUUCAAAUGUUUAAUCUCGCGGAGCGAGCUGGUGAAGUUGAUUGAGACAUUUCACCUACUUGCCGAUACUUUCAACAUGUCGGCUUUGAGGGAAAAUACUGAACAGAUUUUGAAGUUGGUUUAAUAAAGCGAGUUUUUAAUUUAA